GCUAAAUGCGCACGCGGGCGCAGCUUGUUUAAAUUUGGAGCCCUCUGUUGACGGUGUCACGUGCUUCCGAUCAGCAUCGGAGGCUUUCCGGGUGCCGUUACCACGGCAACAGGCGGCGGAUUACACAAACGCAGGCAGAGAAUCAUGUCCUCCUCCGUUGAACACACUCAUGGGGUUCCUGUGGAGCAUUUGGACUACAGCUACAUUGGAAAAUGCAAAGAUGCAAAACACUUGGAGAAAAUUUUGAGAGAACUGAGGUCUGGUAAAGAGGGAUUUUAUCCACAUCUGAUAAAGUUCUGUGAAAGUCACUUGGAGAAACUGAACCCGAGAAGCCGAGCUCUCCGGAGGGAAAACCCUGCAGCCACAGCAGCCAGCCUUUCCAAAGAUGAGUGGAACCAGAUAGUCAGCGAGAUGAAGACUUGGGAAGAAAAAAUAAAAAAGUCUGAGGCUUCGCUCAAAAAUCACCCAGUUUGUGAUGGCUCAGCAACACCUGUCAGAGGUUCCAGUUGCUUUAUUCCUCUCAACAAGAAGUUGAUUCCAGAAGAAGAGAGAAGCACCCCAGAAUAUCCAGAAUGGAUGAUGGCUGAAGUAGAUGCUGCAUUGAUGUCUCAGGACCAAACGCUUCUUUUGGCAAAUGGUGAAGAAGACGAUGAAUCUUUCAGAGAAAAGGACUUUGAGGAGGCUGCUGCAUACUGUUCCAGGAGCCUUUCUGCUCUGCCCUCCGUUGCCUCAUUCCAGAGUCGAGCUGAGGCACAGAUCAAGCGCUGGAACGGGGCCAUGACGGACUGUCAGCACAUGUCGGAACUGGAGCCAGGCAGUAAAGACGAGGAGGCUUCGGAAGACCUGAGAGCUGUGUUACAAGAUGAGCCACAAAACACUGCAGCUGCUCAGCGUCUGUUGAAAAUCCAGAAGAAGGUGACAGAAUGUCAGCCGGAGCUGCGGCGCAGAGGAAUCUUCAUCCACGAGGCUGAAGAGGAAGAUGACAACAGCUCCCAAGAAAAGCAACACUCUGCUCGUCCGGUUCAACCCAGCCAGCCCGUGGGAGGGGAGGAGAGAUCAGUCGCUCCUGCCGUAAGGGGAGACAUGGGAAACUCUCAGAAAAAGCCCCACGGCAGAGGGAGCGGGGGUCCACCGAGCGAGCCCGGCAGCUCCCCCCACGGAGGCUGGAAGAGCAAAGGCGGCAGCGCCGACAAGUACAGAGUCCCGCCGGAGUCAAAGCUCACCAACGGAUCCAGCAAAGGCUCCGAGUCACAGCAGCGGGAGCCGGGCAGCGGGACACCCGCAGAGAACGGCGGGGACGCGGUCAACCUCGAUGCCCCCUGCGGCGCCCUGCCGCCCCCCCUGGCCCGACUGAAGAACGAGGGAAACCUGUUUUAUAAGAAAGGACAGUUUGCGGACGCGCUGGACAAAUACUCCCAAGCCAUCCAGGGCUAUGCGGACUCAGGGAUUGACAGUCCAGAGGAUCUAUGUAUCCUGUAUUCUAACAGAGCAGCAUGCUUCCUGAAAGACGGCAACAGUCAAGACUGCAUAGAAGAUUGUACACGAGUCCUGGAGCUGCAGCCAUUCUCUUUAAAGCCACUCCUGAGGCGAGCUAUGGCUUAUGAGUCCCUGGAGCGCUACCGAAAGGCCUACGUGGAUUACAAGACUGUCAUGCAAAUAGACAUUAGUGUGCAGGCGGCUCAAGACGGCGUUAGCAGAAUCACGCGUAUGCUGAUCGAGCAGGACGGCCCCGAAUGGAGGGAGAAGCUUCCAGAGAUCCCACUGGUGCCUCUUUCGGCUCAGCAGCACCGCAAGGCGGACCCUGCCAGUGCAGAGGUCCGUCAAGCACGAGCAGAGAAGGCUGCAAGGGACGCAGAAAAAAGAGCAGAAAUUCUGUUUUCUGCUUCAAAGCAGGAAGGGAACGAUUUUGUGAACAAAGCGCAAUACCAGGACGCUGUGAGAAAGUACACAGAAUGCCUUAAGAUCAAGCCAGACCAGUGUGCUGUCUACACCAACAGAGCUCUGUGCUACUUGAAGCAGGAGAUGUUCACGGAGGCCAAGCAGGACUGUGAUGCAGCGCUGAGGCUGGAGCCCGCCAAUAAGAAGGCUUUCUACAGACGAGCCCUGGCCAAUAAAGGCCUCAAGGACUAUCCGGCCUGCAGCUCUGACCUGCAGGAGGUGUUGCGCCUCGAUCCCAGUGUGCAGGAGGCUCAGAAGGAGCUGGAGGAGGUGACGGUGCUGCUCAAACAGAGUUCUGACGCUGCACAGAACAAACCCAGGAAGACCGUCCCCAUCAUAGAGGUGGACACCGAGGAAGCUGUGACAGAUGCUCCUAACACAGCGAGCAGCUGCACAGUCUCCAUCAACCUCCAUUACUCCAGCCCCUUUGAAUUUGGUCAGGCUCUGUAUGCAGCCCGCUGCAGCAAAAACACAGCCGCCUGCGCCGAACUGCUGGCCUCCAUCGCACCGCAGAGUCUUCCUCAGUACCUUAGCAACCAGCUGGAUGGACACACCAUCAGCUUCAUCAUGCAGGCGCUCGACUCCCACUUACUGGAGAAAGAUCCCAACCUGGUCUACCAACACUUGAACCAGCUGCACACUGCGGACAGGUUCUCAACUGCGCUCAGGCUGAUGGACAAACGUGACCACAUGAUGCAGCUGUUUGAGCGUCUGUCCGGCGUGGAGAGCACAGAGUUCAACAAGAACGAUGUUCAGAAUUUGGCCAACAAAUACAUCUGAGAGUUCUGCAUGAGCUGCUGGAUCUAUGCAAACCAACUGGGAGCUGCAGAGCGUUCUCGGGACUGAUGUAGAAACCGAAGCUGUAAAUGAUUGUUUAAGAUGAUCUGAAAGUUUAUUUUUCACUCUAGAACAUUUGGCUAUGCAACUUUACUUCCACACCAGCAUCAAAUGCAUGUACUGUACUGCAGCAGCACUGAAGCAUUUACGGGAUGGUGGAACAUUUGAUUUUGUGCAAUGUUUGAGGUUAUGCAAGGCUGCAGGGAAGCCCCUGUGUGACGAAGUCAGCCACGAGGUUUGUAAUCGUCUUUAGACACGAACAAGAUCAGGGACGUGUUGAUGGAAAAUGGAACAGAUCUGAUCCUUUUGCAGGAUCUCCCCUUAUAAUAAAUUAAUGGUUUAAUUAUAAA